CUAAGGCAAGGGUGGUGGAGGUAGUGCCGCUGGGCUGGAAGCAGGUGUGAAGUCGGGUGGCUUCAGAGGGAAAUAAGAGUACAGAGAACUAGGACCAGGGUGAGAGGAGAGGGAGAGAGUCCCUCAGUUACUAGGACAGAGCUUUGAUGGGGAGUUAGAUGAUAAUUCGAGCCUGGGUAUCUUCCCUUUAGAUGUUGCUGGUCAGCCUCCACCCUCUUCAGCUAGCCAGGCUCUGCAGGAGAGGAAGCUGCAGAACACCACUGACUGCCUGUCCGAGUCCCUGCACUGCCUGAUGCCCAUCAGUCCCUGGGCUGGGCUACUGGAGCUGGGGGGCCAUGACCAGUUCAGAAUCCUUGCUAUUUACAUCUUUAGGCCCCAGCCAAAGUUCUGGAGAUGGACGCUGUACCUUUAAUGAAGAGUUCAAGUUCAUCCUGUUGCCUGUGAGCUAUGCGGUUGUCUUUGUGCUGGGCCUAGCGCUCAAUGCCCCAACCCUCUGGCUGUUCCUCUUCCGCCUUCGACCCUGGGAUGCAACAGCCACUUACAUGUUCCAUUUGGCAUUGUCAGACACUUUGUAUGUGCUGUCACUGCCCACCCUCGUGUACUACUAUGCUGCCCGAAACCACUGGCCCUUUGGCACUGCCUUCUGCAAGUUUGUCCGCUUUCUCUUCUAUUGGAACCUCUACUGCAGUGUCCUUUUCCUCACCUGCAUCAGCGUGCACCGCUACCUGGGCAUCUGUCACCCUCUGCGGGCGCUCCGCUGGGGCCGCCCGCGAUUUGCAAGCCUUCUCUGCCUAGCUGUGUGGCUGGUAGUAGCUGGCUGCCUCGUGCCCAACCUGUUCUUUGUGACAACCAGCCCCAGUGGGACCACCAUCCUGUGCCAUGACACCACCCGGCCUGAGGAGUUUGACCACUAUGUACACUUCAGUUCGGCAAUCAUGGUGCUGCUCUUUGGCUUGCCCUUCUUGGUCACCCUGGUCUGCUACGGACUCAUGGCCCGACGACUGUAUCGCCCUUUGCCGGGAGCCGGACAGUCAUCGUCUCGGCUCCGCACGCUCCGCACCAUUGCUGUCGUGCUGACUGUCUUUGCUGUCUGCUUUGUACCGUUCCACAUCACCCGCACAGUCUACUACCUGGCAAGGCUAUUGAAAGCUGACUGCCAGGUGCUGAACACGGUCAACGUGGUCUACAAAGUGACCCGGCCCCUGGCCAGUGCUAAUAGCUGUCUGGAUCCAGUGCUCUAUCUGUUCACCGGGGACAAGUAUCGACGCCAGCUCCAGCGGCUAUGCAGAGGUACAGGGCCCCAGCCUCGGACUAUGGCCUCCUCCCUGGCAUUGGUGACCCUGCAUGAGGAAAGCAGCAGGUGGGCAGACACCCACCAGGACGUCAUCUUCCCUACCUAUGGGGGAGACAGAUUAUAACCCUGGACACGGGCUAUGAAAGGAAUGGCGGUAACUGCAGGACGGAGGGAAGGGAGCCUGUUACUGACACCCGACGAGCGGCUGCCUUCUUUUCAGUCCACCUUUGGGGCAGUUACUCCUCCGUCUCUACUUUUUCUGCUUUUCUGUCCUUUCCUGGGGCCCCUGAUUCGAUUUCUAGAACCCGCAAAACUUCCUCAGUGCUCUUUGCCCUUUCUGCUUCCCCGGGUCCUUCCACAGCUUGCCUUUCUCCAACCAGAGUAGAGAAUUCAGCCAGAGGGGUGAAGGGUGGAGCGAUCUCAAGACUGGCCUGAUGUAUAUAAUGGAACAAGUCAGAAUCAGGAAGCUGGGGUGCUAGCUAUCACAGAUGACAUAUUUGCCAUAGGUAGCAUCCACACCCACUUCCUGGCGCCCUCUCAAAGACAAGCUGGUCUUAACUGCCAAGGUGCUGAAAUAGUAUACAAGACCUCCAAACCCGCCUGGCAGAGCGCCACCAGCAGCUAGAGCUUGGUGCUGUUGAGCUGCUGAGCAGCCAUGAGGUAGAGUACAGCCCUUGAGGGACGACCCUGUAGAGCUUCCGGAGGCAGAGUCCAGGUUGACAGCAACCUUGGGAACAAGAACGAGACUAGACCCACCUCUGGGACUGUGGAGAAUGUAUUUGGUAGCUCCCAUAUGUUUAAUAAAAGGAAGAGUGGACAGCUCUGACUGAGAGGGAAGAAGCUCCAAGUUCUAGAACUGAUGGGCAGAGCAGGUUUGUGCAAAGGAUAGGGCGGUGACAGGAGUAGACGCCCAGAACUGGCUCUUGACUGGUCUCUCCCCUUUCUCUAGCUCUAGUUAGAUAAAGGAUAAACCUGUCACCAGCUCGUUUGGAAUCGGGCUGUAGGAUUUCAAGGCCAGGGUGGGGCAUUCGGUCUUGCACCUGUUCAAUCCUCUUGCCACAGCACCUAAUGAGCUAGGAGGACCUGGUGGGUGUACGGAGCCGAGGGAACUCAAUCCCGAGCCUGAGAGUUAAGAGUUUCUGGACCUGGUGGGUGUAUGGAGCCGAGGGAACUCAAUCCCGAGCCUGAGAGUUAAGAGUUUCUGGGCGGGCUUUGAUGAGAAGGGAAAUCUAUUUUCAGCCUCUUUUCCUAGGAAAUCACCUUAGGGCCUAUGGGUCUUCUGAGUCAGACCCCAGCCUUUGCUGCCCUCUCUGGUCUCCUACUCAUCUACUGAUACCAAGUUCUGAUUGGCUUCUACGUGUUCUCUCUGUCUCUGGAUAGUAGGGGAGGGAGGUGCUAGGCUGCAGAGUAAGGCAGCUUAAUCUUCAUGCCCCUCUGCCCUCCUUUCCAGGCUUUACAGGGAUUCUCUCCCCUGGAACGCAAGAGUUCUUCUAUUAGUAGUAAAUUAUUGACCUCUUUUUUUUUUUUUUAAUUCUCGCCAGGUUCCCACUCCUAAGGCCACAGCCCCCUUGCCUGUCACCUGUCCUACCUAAGAUUAUUCUCUUCAAGCUCCUCCAUUGUCAGGCCCCAUAACUCCAAGCUGCUUAGUCAAGACUAACUUCCUGGACUUUACGACUGCUACUAUGUACCUCUAUCUAGCAUAGAACUAGCUACAGAGACCUGGGUGGCUUUGAACUCAGAGAUCCGCCUGCCUUUUUGCCUCUCUGAGUGAUGGGAUUAAAGACGUAUGCCACCAAGACUUUGUUUAUUUUUCUUUGUCUUUUUUAGUUAUUUCCACUACUGAUUUUAUACUUUACACUGAUUUUAUAUCAUUCAAAAAAGCCAUAAGCACUCAUACCUUAACCUUGCCGUCUCAUCUUGCUGCUCUUCCGUUUGUCUCUGCUCAAUUCCAGCACUGCAUUUCCAGGAAGAGAGCUCUACACCCCUCUUACUCACGGAAUUGCUCCAAACUCUCUGAGCUGCAUUGCCUCCCGCUCUGCUGCUCUCAGAACACAAAUUACAUCUUUGGCAAGAAUUUUAAUGACACACACACACACAUAUGUCAAUACACACACACACACACACACAUAUAUAUAUAUAUAUAUUACUUUUAUCCAUCUUUGACCUCUCUACUUCACUUGACUCUGUUGCAUGUGUUUUAUAGUUGUUUAAAACAUAAAAAUAGCCGGGCGAUGGUGGCGCACGCCUUUAAUCCCAGCACUCGGGAGGCAGAGGCAGGCGGAUCUUUGUGAGUUCGAGACCAGCCUGGUCUACAGAGCUAGUUCCAGGACAGGCUCCAAAGCCACAGAGAAACCCUGUUUCAAAAAACAAAAAACAAAAAAAAACAAAAAAAACCAUAAAAAUAACACUUAAAAGAUCUCACUGUGACAACACUGAAGGAGAUGUGGAGAGAAAAGAUUCACCUAUUUCAAACCCCUAUUUUCACUUUUCAUACUUCAUGUUUUCUUGAUUUGUAUUCAUGUACUGUAGAAGUGUAACCACGGUGUAUAAAAGUCUGUUUUUAGGGUAUUAUGGUAUGGUAGACUAUAAUCCCAAGAGCUGAUAGUGGAGACAAGAGGGUCAUAAGUUUGAAGUCAAUCUAGGCUAUGUAGUGAGACCCUAUCUCAAAACAAAGAAGUAUAAUCUCUUAUUUUAAACUCUCUCCUUUCCCGUGUCGAUGCAGUCUUUCAUGCUUAUUAUUUCAAUAGCUAUAUAAAACUACUCCCAUUGGUAGAUUAUAUCUUAUUAGACUCUCCCUUGCUAUUGAACAUUUAGGUAGCUCAAUUUUUCUGUGCUUUGACUAUCUUCCUGUUUGUGGCUUUUUUUCUUCUUGGCAAUUCUGUGUUGAGUCUAGUACAAGUUCUCAGGAGCAAGAUUACCAGACCAAAGAGCAUGAACAUUUGUACGGAUUGUGAUUUUUCAAAAUGACUGCAUAAAUUUUUACUGUCACAAUGAUAUACGGCUAUCCUCGUUCCACUGCAGUUCCAGCAUCAGACUUUAUAGGAAAUCUUUCUGGAUGGUAAACAUUCAAUUUGUUAAUUUCACUUCUUUGCCUCCUUAUGGCACUGAACACUUUCUCUUGUGCUUAUUAUUCGCAUCAUUCUUCAGCUAUUUUAGUGGUAAGCUUCUAUUGAAAUGUGAUAAUUAUUUAAUAUGUGUAUUAUCAUUGGUCAUAUUUGACAUAUUUAAUUCAUUUAUUAUAAUGCUUUAUGUCCUUAUUCCCUUCCCUGGAUUUAGAGUCUCUUUCCUCCUGCUUUUCCUUCAUUCCUUCUCUCUUUGCUGUCAUCUUCUUGUCUGACUCUCAACAUGUGGGGGUUAGCUAAUCUUUUCUCGCUUCUCAGAUUGUUGAGAUCCUCUUGGAGAGAACAAAUAGCAGGUGGCUAUGAUAUGAUUUAGUUGACUUCUGGUCAUUGAGAAAACCUCACAGGUCACACAGGGCUUGGGUUCCCCUUCAUUUUCCAGUUGAAGAAACAGACCCAGUGAGGUGUCAUGCCUGUGACUUACUUUCUACACAAUGGCAGGAAGAAACUAGACCCUGGACUGGGUUCCCACGACUCCUUUCAUUCUCCCAUGCCAGCUUGGUGUUAGGCCAGACCUUUGUCCCUCUAAACCUCAACUGCCUAUUGGACAGGUUCACUUAGAUCUUCCACUGUUGCUUCUAACCCAUAAUAUACAAAACGAAACCACCUGAACCAGUUCCCCUACUCGUCUUGCUCAUUUCUAUUCAUGACAUCUUUCUUAAAUUACCUAGGCUCUAAAGCUUCUGGGAAAAUUCAUUCUUUUCUCUUCCUAUCUCCAAGUUCUGACAUUGCUUUUUUUUUUUUUUUUUGCCAGUUGUAGUUGGCCUUCUUUUAUGGUCCCAAUGCUACCCUUCUAAUACUGACUCUUUUCAUGUUCUCCCUGACUGAAUGUCAUAGGUUUCUGGAUAGUCCUUACCUCCUGCCUCCUUUUACACAAAUGCACAUUGUCAGCUCAAUCUGUCCAACACUUCUCUCAAAGUCUUUGAUGAUUUUUUAUUGUCUACAAGUGAAAAUAAUUUAGGCAGAAAUUCAAGAAGGUUUUAUAAAUCUUCUAUUCUCCCUCAAUACAAAUGUCUCUUCUCUAGGUUUUUGUGUUUGAUUGUUUGGUGUGUGUGUGUGUGUGUGUGUGUGUGUGUGUGUGUGUGUGUGUGUAUCUUGGGACAGAGCCCACGGUCUUGCAAUUGAGCUAUGUUUCUAAAUUUCUCUAGGUAAACAGGUCUCUUGUUUUCUCUCUCUGGACAAUACUUGCACUUUCUUACCUCUGGACUUUCAUUGUUUCUGUUCUCUUUACUGAAAUACCACCCCCCAAGUUGUCCUUUUUUAAACUUUUUUCCCAUGGGCCAGGCUUAGGUCUCAGAGACUUUCUCUGUUGAUCCUUAACCAACAGUGAUCUUCCUGAUGUUGUCUUCUGUAAUUACUGUCCACAGCAGUCAGUUAGCACCUUUACCAUUUCUUGACAUCACGGACACUAUUUUGAAUUAUCAGUUAAUUCUUCAUGCAUUCUUGGCUUGUGUAUCCCACCUAUAAACCCCUUGAGUUAAUGUAUUAUAAAGGAAAGAACACAAGACUUGGGAUCAGGACACCCAAGUUUGAGCCUUGAAUCUGGAAAUGGGACUCAAGUGUGUCACCUUAGAUGAGUCAUUCAAAUUCUUUGAGCCAUAAUUUCAUCAUCUAUGAAAUGGAGAUCGUAAUCUCAGUUUUGUGUAAUACUUCAGGUUACAGUGAGGCUGUGCAGAGCUAAAGUGCUAAGCAAAUAUAAGUAGCUGUUAUCAUCUCAUUCUAUUUGUUUAAUAAACGGUGCUUAAUAAAUAUUUAAAGUAUGAUUACAUGCUAGCAAUUCAGUUUGUUGUUUCUCUUCCUGGAUACUGUCCACUUUAAGAUGCUUACAUGAAUCUCAAAGAAUUAAAGAGCCAAAAUGACUUCUGGAACAGCAGGGCUGAGUAUUUAAAAAAAUGUUUGGAGUGGAAGUAGUCUAUCCAGACUCUCUCAUAUUUUGCUGUGUGGGUUCCUUGGCCCGUGUAUAAAGCUAGCCUGAAUGAGAGGAGAGGUGCUAAAGCUGACCUUUCCGCUUUUCCCAUAGUUUAUAUCCUUCAUGCUAUCAUUUCUAGCUGACUAGGCAAAGUUAGCUGAUCUCUUGGCGCUUCAGUUUUCUCAUUGCUAAAUUAGGGUAGGAAUGCCUAGUUGGCAGGGCUGUGAUGAAGAAUCCAUGCAUUAUAGCGAAUGAAGAGCAUCACUUGCAGUUCCUGUUGGUGAGACCCCCUUUCAAUAGUUUUCAACUUUAACAAAACCAGAUGAGCAUCCCAAGGUCUAGAUUUUGAUCUCGCUCUGCCUAGAAGUGAUAUAUAAGAGCUUGACAAAAAUAAGCCCUUGUGGGAGCCGGAAGGCUAAAAGCUGCUCACUGAAGGCUAACACCAGUGAUGAGCUGGAAGGAAGCAGAUCCCACUUCUGGCAUCAAGGGAGUUUUCAAAAGAGAGAUUUAUUACUAAUUUUAAAAAGAUUUGAAUUAAAAAGGUUAAGAAAAUAAACAGUUGUGUUAAGUGCACAAGAGAAUGGAGGAAGUCUAAGAAACUCAGAACUAAAAAUAAAAACACUUUAUUCUCUGCCAGUUUGUAUUUGUGCACCCAGAACAUUAGUCAGUGACAUCGAUUAAAGAGAUCAUUCUUAAAUAAAUUUUCUUUUAAAAAAUUUAA